ACUCGAACACGCUCUCGCUCGCUUAUUACCACCUCCACAACCACACGCAUCAUUCGCUGGCAUCACGACAAUUUCCACAACAACCAGCAGUGACUAUUACAACUUAGUCGGCAUCCAACAUCGACGUUCACGACGUACAAUCGCCGGUGUCAGUCGAGCAGCGACCGUUCUAGCAAUCGGAAUACGUCGAGUCCACCAGGUCGUCAGUACUCAACCUGCCGCGUUUGUUGAGACCUGGUGUUGUAGCAAAAUCCGUUGAAGACGACGUCCACGAUCGCGAGUGUUGAUGUGUUUGUUGUGGCGUAAUUCGUCUUAGUUGGGACUUGUGCCGCGAACCGUGGAGGUCCCGCCGUCAGGAAGUGGUAAGAGAGGCCGGCAGCUGCAGCACCACCCUCUGGGAGGAGGCAGCUCGUCGUCCCCAGGUGUCGCGCACCACCAGGCGGCCCCAACGCUGAAGCGGGCGCGUCACGACGAAGACGACGACCACGUAUCGGCCGUCGGUCCACGUCUUUUGUCCGAACAGGAUAAUAAUAUUAUGGAAGCACCCUUGUCGGUCACGUUGAGUCAAAGUAUGGAUUCAGUAAAUAACGGAACUCCUGAGGAAGAGGUGCGAACACUGUUCGUGAGCGGACUGCCAAUGGAUGCCAAGCCUCGAGAACUUUAUCUUCUAUUCAGAGCUUACGAGGGUUACGAGGGGUCACUUCUUAAAGUUACGAGUAAAAAUGGAAAGAGUGCUUCGCCUGUUGGAUUCGUAACAUUCAAUACAAGAGCUGGAGCAGAGGCGGCAAAGCAGGACUUACAGGGCGUAAGGUUUGACCCCGACAUGCCCCAGACCAUCCGACUGGAGUUUGCAAAAAGUAACACGAAGGUUAGCAAGCCCAAACAGCAAACUGCUAACGCCGUCAACACGCACCCAACUUUGAUGCACCCCCUCACUGGACACUUGGGUACGCCGUUCUUUCCGGGUGGUCCAGAACUGUGGCACCAUCCUCUGGCGUAUUCGGCGGCAGCAGCAGAGUUGCCUGGAGCAGCGCUGCAGCACGCGACCCUCGUCCAUCCUGCUCUCCACCCGCAGGUGCCCCCUCCAAUAUCUCUGCCGCAUCCUACUGCUCUAACUUCAAUCCAUGCAGCGUCACUCCCUCAGUUUCUACCCAGUCCCGCUCUGGCGUCACCGGUGGGUUCAUCUUCGUCACAGCCUGGCCUUGGAGUGAGUAACCCUCCUUGUUCGACCCUGUUUGUGGCCAACUUGGGUCAAUUUGUGUCUGAGCAUGAAUUAAAGGAAGUUUUUGCCAGGGAUCAAAAGGAGAAGAAAAUGGACAAUCUUAAUCCCUACAUGCACUUAACUACCUGACAGUGGGAACUCGCCUCAGCCGGUGGCCACUGUUGAAAAUUCCAGAUAUAUUUUAUUUUCCCAAUUGCGAAACAAAUUAAAAAAGUAAUAAUAACAAAGAACUGUUACUCUGUCACUAUUUUCAACUUUGUUGGUUGUUAAAUACAUGUAGGUUCAUACAUUUUAAAAGGCUGGCCACUAAUUAAUACAGGUACAACAAUCUAUCUAAAGAGUUACUUGAAAAUCUAUGCAGGAUAGGCUUAAAACCAAAGGUGCCCUAAGCUUUAUGUUUCCUUUUUACAAUAUAUUGAUACAAUUAUGUACUAACUUUCGACGAAUUAAUCGCUGAUGCAAGUUUGUUUUUAAUAGCUAUUAAUAAUUGUCUAGUACUACUAUUGCAGGUAAAUUUUAACGGCAAUACACUCUCGUAAUAAUGUAUUGCACUGUAUUUAAAUUUUUAUUUAGAGUAUUUAUUUUUUAAAUGAUUUCAUAUACAUACAGUAAAACCUCUACAUCUCCCAGAUUUAAACCAAAAAGAGAAUGUUCGUUUCAAAGUUAAUUUUCAUUAUUCUUGAAGAAAACCAAAGACCAAAUCUUCUUCUUACCAACCUCUACAACAUUAAGUGAUUUUGAUCAAAUUCAGGUGUCGUAUUUUAUCUAAACAUUUUUUCAAAAAAUAAAAUAAUAUACUUACAAAAUACUAUUUUUGAUGACAAAAUGAGGCCACUUAUUUUGAACGGAUUUUUGUAAGAAAUUGUUCAUAAUUAACUAUAUACUGAAUAUACUAUGAUUAAACAUACAUACAAUUUAGACAUCUUGUUAGAAGUGAGUUAGU